AGCUCGUUUCCGCUCCACGUUAUCCGCUACAUGUUAUCCAUAUCUCUUCUUCUUUCCUUAAUCUUCACCACUUCAGUUUCAUCCAGAUUUUGUUGCCUCUUUGGUGCUUCAAGCUCUGAAACAACAUGGAUGGUGGACUAACAUUGACCUGGCUGAUCGUUCUUCUGGUUAUUAUUUCCUUGCACAACUCGAGAUGGGUUUCAGGGACCUUCCAUGAAAACCAGUCUAGUCGGCGGAAGCUCACGGCGAAGGAAGGGUUCAUAAGCAUCGAUUGUGGGAUAGCUCCGGGCUCCUAUUAUACAGAUAGUGAAACCGAGAUAUAUUACACUUCGGAUGCAGGAUUCACAGAUACUGGAAUCAAUUAUAACGUUUCCGAAGAAUAUGUUUAUCAAAAUAACGAUCAACAUCUCAAGAACGUUAGAAGCUUCCCAGAAGGAGACAGGAACUGUUACACCUUAUGGCCAGGACAAGGCAAGAAUCAUAAGUAUUUGAUCAGGGCUCGGUUCUUGUAUGGGAAUUAUGAUUCCAAGAAUCAACUUCCAAUCUUCAAACUAUAUCUAGGUGUUGACGAAUGGACCACAGUGAAUAUAAGAAAUGUCACUUCUACUUACAGGAAGGAAAUCAUACACAUACCAAUUACAGAUUACAUAGAUGUGUGUCUGGUAAACAUCGGUUCGGGGACACCAUUCAUAUCAGUGUUAGAGCUCAAACGGCUUAAUGAUUCGAUUUAUAGUCCAGCUGAACCAGGGUCACUGAUUCUCUAUGACAGGUGGGAUUUUGGUACACAACAAGAGGAGUGGAAGUUAAUCAGGGAAAAAGAUGAUGUUUACGAUCGGAUUUGGAAACCAAAUACAUGGUGGUCUUGGUUGUCCAUUAAUUCAUCAGUUGUAAGUUCUUCCUUUAGUACCUCUGACUAUAAACUACCGGGUAUUGUCAUGGCGACUGCUGCAAAACCUGCAAAUGAAAGUGAAUCCUGGGGUAUCUCUUUAAGCAUAGAUGAUGAUCCUUCUCAAAAGUUGUACAUGUACAUGCACUUUGCGGAGGUUGAGGAUCACAAAGGCCAAAUCAGAGAAUUUACUGUCUCCGUGAAUGAUGAACCAUUUAGUGGGCCUGUGGCUCCUAGACUCCUUUUUUCGGACACCGUGUCUAGCAAAUAUUCCAUUAGUGGAAGUACCACAAAGAAAUUGUCCUUUUCACUAGAAAGGACAAACAGAUCCACGCUUCCGCCAAUUAUUAAUGCUAUGGAGGCUUACAUGAUAAAAGAAUUCCCACAAUCAUCAACUCAACAAAACGAUGUUGAUGCAAUCAAGAGGAUCAAAUCAGAUUACGCAGUGGGCAGGAACUGGCAAGGAGACCCAUGUCUCCCCAUGGAAUACCAAUGGGAUGGCCUCACUUGCAGCCAUAAUACUUCCCCUACUGUAAUCUCAUUGAACCUCUCAUCUAGCAAUUUGUCCGGGAAUAUACUUACUUCAUUUUUGAGUCUCAAAUCAUUACAAACUCUGGAUUUAUCAUACAACAACUUGACUGGACCAGUACCAGAAUUUUUUGCCGACUGGCCAUCUUUAAAAACUCUGAAUUUAACGGGGAACAACCUAACAGGUUCGGUUCCACAGGCUGUUACGGAUAAGUUCAAGGAUGGAACUCUGAGUCUCGGAGAAAAUCCAAAUCUUUGUCCGACCGUCUCGUGCCAAGGACAGAAAAAGAAGAAGAAGAAGAACAAGUUCUUUGUUCCUGUUCUUACAUCCAUUCUGUCUGCGAUUGUGAUCCUGGUCCUCAUAGCUGCCCUUGCAAUCAUCCGGAAGUUGACCAAGAGGAGAGAAACCAAAGCUACAACCAUAGAGACAGUCACUGAACGCCCCAAAGAAGGGCCAUUGAAGUCAGGGAAUUGUGAGUUCACUUACUCUGAGGUGGUGGGUAUCACCAAUAACUUUAAUCGCCCCAUUGGUAGAGGAGGAUUUGGAGAAGUUUAUUUAGGCACUUUGGCAGAUGACACACAGGUUGCCGUCAAGGUGCAUUCUCCAUCAUCAAAUCAAGGCCCUAAGGCAUUUCGAGCGGAGGCGAAACUCUUGACAAGAGUUCAUCAUAAAAACUUGGUUCGUCUAAUUGGGUACUGCGAUGACAGUACAAACAUGGUUCUCAUUUAUGAAUACAUGUCCAAUGGAAACCUGCAACAGAAGUUAUCAGCGAGAGAAGCUGCAGAUGUUUUGAACUGGAAACAGAGACUUCAAAUUGCAGUAGAUGCAGCACAUGGAUUGGAGUAUCUACACAAUGGCUGUAAGCCACCAAUAGUCCACAGAGACAUGAAAUCUUCCAACAUUCUAUUAACUGAAUCACUGCAAGCCAAGAUAGCUGAUUUUGGAAUGUCCAGAGAUCUUCAAAGCUUAUCAACUGACCCAGUAGGCACACCUGGAUAUUUUGAUCCUGAAUGCCAGUCCACAGGAAAUUUGAAUGAGAAGAGUGAUGUUUAUAGCUUUGGGAUUGUUUUAUUGGAGCUAAUCACCGGCCGGCGUGCAAUAAUCCCUGGGGGCAUUCAUAUAGCUGGAUGGGUUAGUCCUAUGAUUGAAAGAGGGGAUAUUCGAAGCAUUGUUGAUCCAAGGUUACAAGGAGAUUUCAACACCAAUUCUGCCUGGAAAGCAGUAGAGAUAGCCUUAGCAUGUGUAGCAUCAACAGGAAUGCAAAGGCCAGACAUGAGUCAUGUAGUGGUAGACUUGAAGGAAUGUUUGGAGAGGGAGGUGGCUUCCAGGAGAAUUCAGAGGGUAGGUGGCCACAGCAUCGGAUCAGGCAAUUUCCUAGAAAAUGUUCCCUUGGUUCUUAGCACUGAAGUGGCUCCCCAUGCUAGGUAGUUGUGGUUGUUUGGCGCUAGUAGUUUCAGUUAAUGUGAUAGAUUUGAUUAAUGUUAGCAUGUGAGGAAUAUGGUGCGCUCCUCUAUAUUUUGAAUUGUGUCCAUGAAAAAUUCUAUAUUGGAUAAAUUUACCAACUUUUCCUUA